AACAGUUUCCAGCCACGCGUUCUAUCCUUCCCCAGGGGUCAAAAGCUUAAUGGUUUAUGAUUUAUAAUCCCAAUUCCAACUUCCCGGAAGACUUCCUGGAACCAGUCAGGAUCUUCGGCACUAUUCCUUCUCGCGGGGGCAUUUGCUGUCCGAGUUUGUGUUUACUAUAGACCCUAGGGUGAGAAUUGUAUCCCGGCUGGGACUCCUUUGAGCCAUCUCUCCUUGGUUGUCCGCAUUUCUGGGACGAGGCUCAUGUUUCCGGCAGGUGGGGAGGUUGGGUUGGAGCCACACUUGGAUUCCGGAGACGUUCCUUUGCAAUUCUCCCAAUCUACUCGCCCCAUUUCCCGUCUCUUUUUUUCUCCCCCUCCCCAACCCUCUGCUCCCAGCAAAGUCUACGACCCCUUUCCACUCACGCUCAGUGGCCGGGAGUCUUCUCUUGCAGCACUACCGGGUGGUGGAGGAGGGGGCGAGUGUGGUCACACCCGGAAGGGGGCUUGUCCGGGAACAGGGGGCUCGCAGGAUCCGUACUACCCAGCCCUCUCGCCCCGGAGCGACCCUCUCCCCCGCGUACCCCCAGAUGCAGUCUGCCGCAGCGGGUGGCGGAGAGGGACCCGCUGCUCUUCAAUCCCAGUCUCUCCGCCAGGCUGCUCCCAAUCCCGGGGCGCGCUUCCUCCUCCCUUCCGCCAGUCUUCCUCCCCACCUACCCCGCUGCCGCGCUGGGGGGUCGGCGGCGCUCCCGGCUGGUCCUAGAAGGGGCGGGGAGAAAGGCAGCGGGAGGAGCGGAGAGCGGUGGCAGGAGGCGGUGCGGCUACGUGGGCCCGCGGCCGCCCGGGAGCGCCCGAGCCCGUACGCGCGCGCGCGAGCCUCGCCGAGGCUCUGGCGGCUGGCAGCCGGCGGCAGGGCGGAGCUGCGGGCGGAGGAGCCGCGCGCCGAGCGGGCGGAGCGAGCGGCGGGCGGAGCGAGGGGUGGGAGGGCGCGCGCGAGCCGGCGGGCGGGCGAGCGAGUAGCGUCUCCACCAGCAUCUGCUGUGGCCGCGUUUGCCCGAAGCUGGGAGACCGACGGACCGACAGAUCGCCUGGCGGACAGACGCGGGCUCUCGCCUUGGGCUCGGGGCCAGCUUUGGCGAGGCUCGGGGUUUGCAGCGCGCGGUUUCUCCGCUAGCUCACGGCCACCCCGGCUCCGGCGGCCUCGACGCGCAGGGGGCUGGAGGUGCGGGAGCGGCUCUCCGCCGGUCGGUCCCCGUGCGGCUCAGCCGCGGCCCGGAGCUGCGUCCCAGAUCCCCUGCUCCCCUCCGGGCGGCUCCGAGCAACGGUGCUCCGGGGCUCCAAACUCGGGCUGCCGGGGCAAGUGUCUUCAUGAACCCAGAGGAUGUCCGGGAAGCACUACAAGGGUCCUGAAGUCAGUUGUUGCAUCAAAUAUUUCAUAUUUGGCUUCAAUGUCAUAUUUUGGGUUCCUGCACCGAUGGGUAUUUAUUUGGAGAGUCAGCUACUUGAAGAGCUCCUAGUUUAAGAUCUCAAAAUUUCGUAGCUAUUAUCUUGUCAAGAUAUGGUAUGUUGGAGUUGAAGACCAAGUUCACCUGGGCUGCCAGACAAUGACCUAGAGUUCCUUUCCUGAUCAAAGCCUUCUUCAGGAUAACUCCUCUUUCUUAAUACUGAUAACUUGGCUACAGGAACCACUUCACCCUUAAGGGGCCUGGUUAGGUAAUGAGUAGAAAUGGCACCAGACUUGGAGUUUGACUCAUGUUCAAGUUAUGACCCUGGCCAGCACUGUGACCUCCAUUUCCUCAUCUGUAAAAGGGGGAUGUCCACAGUGGUUUAUGGAAAAUUGGGUGAGAUGAAAGAAGCGGCAACUUCUGGCAUUGUGCCUGGCACAUAAUUGGCUAGUGACUUUGUUUCCUUUGUUGGGCAGCUUCCUGGCUCUGGUCCAUAUCACAUACAACUAUAUGUCCAGUGGCACCAUAAGCAUUUUGCGGAAUGCUUGACUGAUUAGUAGGGGGCUAGAGGAGUUUGUGAUCCGUGUGUGGCUCCUUUUGAAAUGGAGGUGGUGCACCUUUAUUUCCUGGUCUCUUGUGUACUUUGCCUUCCCGAUAUACAGUGGUGUGACUGGAAUUGCAGACAGCAGGCUGGGCUGCUGAGAAUCAGUCUGAUGUUGGAAGCUCAUUACCUGUGAUUGCAGUAGGGGAAAGAGGUGUGACUGUGUAAAUGGAGCUUGAUAUGCUAUUGAAAUAACUCAGCAGAUUCUUAAAGAAGAAAGAAGGGGGGAGCGGGGGGACCUGACUACCCUCUGUGGCAACAUUUCCUUGAUAUGCUUCUCCUAACACUGCAACACCAGAUAGAAGAUACGGUGUAUUUUGCCUCAACAUUUUACACUUUGGUCAGAGAAGACACACUUAGCACAAGGUAAUAAACAUUUCUGUUCCAUGGCACAGUAUUUGUAAAAACUUAAUUACAUCAUUGGCGUUUCCGUUCUGAGUCUAAUUCUGGUAGUCUGUACGUGGAUAACCUGCUCCUAUCCAAUUGUAGGUCUAGGCAAUUGUGGAACGGAAGCAAUUAUCCAGCUGAUGUGAAGAAAUCCUGCCAAGGAGGAAAGAAAGGCGCCCCUCACCCUCUUGUCAAUUACUCCAAAUUGGUGUUUAUAGGGAAUUAAAUUCCCUGGUAAUUGCCCCCCCCCCUCCGCCCCCCACCUCUUUCCUUUGUCUGUUAAAGCCCUCAUCAGAGGCUUUUCCUGAAAGCCCUGGGAAUAUUUCCGGCUACUUCUUCAAGUCAGGCUGGUGAGCCGGCUGUUAAACACCCACAUUCUUCAGUGCCUCCGGCAAGGAUUGGUCUUAGUUUGGGGGGAUUAGAUGACCCAUGAGAAAGAAUACAAAAAUAUGCCUGCCUCAAUUUGCUGACCCAUGUUUGCUGUGCAGGAAUUCACAAUGUGAUGGCCUACAGUUGUCUGCUAUUAAAGAUUAUGUAGGUCUCCUUUCCAGCAUGGACCAGUCCAGGGUGGACUUUCUUCCCCUGUGGAGAGCACUGAGGGGGAGGUGUUGUGGAGGGAGCCUAGCAUUAGCGAUCGGUGUAUGGAGUCUCGUCACAGAACCGCCACCCUUCUGCUGUAUUAUUUUCUAGGCCUCAUACCUAUUCUGGGCCUCAGGUUUCUCACAUGUAGAAUGUAAUAGGAGCUUAUUUUCCAGCCAAGCUUCUAGGGUUUUUGUCAAAAAAUAAACGUGACAUUUAUAAUGACAAGUUGGAAAUGAACACCUUAAAAAACAAAGCACUUGACAAAGGUAAGAUGUUAUUAAAUGUAAACUCAAUGACCUUAUUUCAGUGCUCACAUUAGAGAAACAACAUUUGAAGUCUUCUGGGGGCACACAAAUGAUUGGAAAGCUUAAAUUUGCCUUUGGCAAGGAUCUGUUAGGACAGAUCCAUAUGCCACAGGGCCACCUUAUCUCUAUGAAUAUCAUAACUGAACUUUCUUUGGCUUUCUUUUUCUGUCAUUUAAUCUUUGUCCUUUAUUUUCAAGCACUGGGAAUAAUGGGUACCCUGGGAGAUUUUUACAAAUAGUGAAAAUAAGUGUAAGGACCUAUGGGAGAUGAGAAGAGAUUCUUUAAUUUUUUUUUUUUUUUUUUUUAAUGUUUAGUUUUGAGAGACCGAGCGCAAGUAGGGGAA